AUGCACGCCCACGCGCAGGCUCAGCUUACCAGCAAGGUGACCGUGUCCGGUCUCAAGCGAUCCGCGCGCGUGCAAACGCGCGCGGUGAAGACCGUCGCGCACUGCUCCGCCGUUGACUUCUCCAAGAAGGCUGCGUCCUUGGCCGUCGCCGCCGCCGUCGCCGCGGCUCCGCUCGUCGCCGUCGAAGAAGCCUUCGCGCGCGAUGUUCAGCCGUACGCCGGCUUGACCCCGUGCAAGACCUCCAAGGCUUUCGCGAAGCGUGAAAAGACGGAACUCAAGGCGCUCGAGAAGCGCCUCAAGAAGUACGACCCGGAGUCCGCCCCGGCGCUCGCUCUUCAAGCGACCAUGGAGAAGACCAAGACGCGCUUCGCCAACUACGGUGAGUCUGGUCUCCUCUGCGGUAAGGAUGGCCUCCCGCACUUGAUUGUCGACGGCAACCUCGAGCACCUCGGUGAGUUCGCCAUUCCGGGCUUGGGUUUCCUUUACGUGGCGGGAUGGAUUGGCUAUGCGGGCCGAUCUUACAUCCAAGAGAACAAGACGGCGAGCAAGCCGACUGAAGGUGAGAUCAUCAUUGAUGUCCCGAAGGCGCUCGGUCUCAUGUUCCAAGCGGGCGCGUGGCCGCUCCUCGCGGGUCUUGAGCUUAAGAACGGUACGCUUACCGCCCCGGAAAGCGAAAUCACCGUUUCCCCGCGAUAA